GACAUGCGGUGUGGCGUUACCGCGCGUGCGAGGCGUGGCGCUGUCCGCAGACCCGUCACUUCUAACGGCACCGGACUCCUAAUGGCUGUUUGAGGAAUGAAAUAAUCGAUUGUGUAAGAGAUCAUACAAAAGCGAGGAUGGCGGAGCUGGAGAAGUUUCCCGAGCCCCCGAAAGAGACUCGGAUCGUUGAUUUGGAGUCAGAUUCGGAGCAGGAUGACGCUUUGACUCACGCGGAAUCUGCCGGUUCCGCCACGAGCUCGGAGACGCUGCGGCGCGCGCAGGUGAUCCACAGCGGACACUUCAUGGUUUCCUCCCCGCACAGUGAUCCGGUACCGCGCAGAAGUAGAAGUUAUUACGACUUCGACACGGUGAAUAAACCGCGCUGUCAGACCUACAGCUUCGGGCCGUUCAGCUCCGGCAGACUGAGCAUCGACCCAACGCUCACGCGCCUGUUCGAGUGCAUGACACUGGCCUAUAGUGGGAAGAUCGUGUCUCCUAAGUGGAAAUCCUUCAAGGGUCUGAGACUGCUAUGGAGGGAUAAAAUCCGUCUGAAUAAUGGCAUCUGGAGAGCCUGGUUCAUUCAAUAUGUGGAGAAAAGGAAAAAUCCAGUGUGCGGGUUCAUCACUCCACUGGAGGGGUCAGAGGCAGAUGCACAUCGCAAACCUGAGGCAAUUGUGCUGGAGGGCAGCUACUGGAAGAGACGGAUAGAAGUGGUGAUAAAAGAGUAUCACAAAUGGAGGAUUUACUACAAGAAGAGGAAACACAAAGAUCAUGUGCCUGUUCUUCAGACGACGCCCAUCUGCAGGUCUGGCCUGGAGAAAUGGUCCGAUCAGAUAUACCCACAGCCAGACCCUUCUCAGGAGGAGGUGCAUAUGUUUGACUUGGACUGCUUUCUGUCAGAUAUCUCGGACACGCUCUUCACCAUGACCCAGAAGCCAAGCCCUUGGAAUGAGGAACGCCACAACAACUACACCAGCAAUGCUGAUAUGAUCCAGCCUGGUUUGACUCCACUUCAGCCCAGCUUGGACGAUCUCAUGGACAUUCCAGACAUCUUUGCAAGUUACUGGGGUCAUCCUCUGGUACAGAGUGGUUAUGCUGACUAUGAUUUAUUCGAGAGUUCAUCCAACACACUUUUUCCCUCAACUCCAUCCACCGUGGUUAAUACACCCCUGAUACACACAGGAUCCCAAAUUACACAGCCUAAUAUGACAGUUGAGAGCUUGCCCCAGUCCUCCUCAGCAGCCAGCUUACCUUGCCCUGGCUAUCCACACCAACCUCUGCCCCCUGAGAUGCCCUUUGAUACCAGCAGAAUGACCUCCAACCCCAAGUUCAAGAGUCAUUUAGAGUAUAGCGAGUACCAUCACUCGCCAACCACCCUCCCCGGCAUGGACUCAUACGGACAGUCCUACAGUGUCCCUAGACCAAACAUAUCCUCUGCCUCUAUGUCUCAGGAGAACCCUUACACCUACUCAAGCACCUGCCUGAAAUACAGACACGCUUCAGGCAACCAAUCAGGGAGCAACGUUGUAACCACACCCACUGUCAUCACACAUACGGGAUCCAUGAAUGUCAUAACCCAAGAUCCCCAAGAGGGCCAAAGCUACACUAUGCUAGACAUGCUGGACUACCAGCAGGCAUCUGUGGCUCCGCCUUUACCUAGCCAAGCCCACUGCUUCUCCGUGCCAAAGCAGGUAUCUGUGGGCUCAGCCAGAGGAAAGCACAAGCAAAAAAUGGGAGGAGAUAGAGGGUUUCCCAUGGCGACGGCUGCGCCUGUUUCUGUGGCUCCACCCACACAGACUAGCUGCCUGGCCAAGCUCUUGUCCUCCAGCUCUCAAGAACGAAAACCAACAGUGGGUUUUGAUCCUCCUUUUGUUGGGCUGAAAUCCCAUAGACCAACUUCUCCCAUCUUAGCACAGUCUACCAGCAGCAUGUCAGUGGGCCACAGAGGUUCACAGGUAUCCCAGCAUCCCCCUUGGCCCCAUGCCGAAGUGCCUCUGCAGUGCCAGAUGCCCAUGAUGGUACAUUCCAAUGUCUCUCACGUCUCCACUAUCUCAUCCCUCCUCAUCCCCAAAACUGAGAAACUCUCACCUGUCCAAAUCCCUGCACCAGAGAGGACAGGUUUAACAGUAAGUUUUUCCAGAAACUUCGGCUCAACAUCCCCGACGCUCCCACCAGAGAAAACGUCCGAGUCAUCACACACCUUAUCCGGAAUAACCAAGACAGAGCCCAAUAGGACGGACACGAGGCGAAUCACACACAUAUCCGCCGAGCAGAAGAGGAGGUUUAACAUCAAAUUGGGUUUUGACACUUUACACAGUCUGGUGACAACACUUAGCUCUCAGCCCAGCAUUAAGAUCAGUAAGGCCACUACGCUACAGAAGACAGCUGAGUACAUCAGUAAGAUGCAGCAGGAGAGAGCACAGCUCCAUGAAGAGGCACAGAGACUCCGAGAUGAGAUUCUAGCACUCAACUCCGCCAUCAAUGUGUGUCAGCAGCAGCUCCCUGCCACUGGCGUCCCCAUCACCCGCCAGCGCUUUGAUCACAUGAGGGAGAGGUUUCAAGAAUAUGUCAGAACCCAGACCCUCCAGAACUGGAAAUUCUGGAUCUUCAGUGUGAUUAUGGAGCCUCUGUUUGAGUCCUACAACGUCAUGGUGUCCACAGCCAGUGUGGAGGAGAUGUGCCGAACCACGCUUAGCUGGCUGAAUCAACACUGCUCCCUACCUGCCCUCAGACCCACUGUUCUGAGUUCACUCCGCUUGCUCAGCACCACCACGUCCAUCUUGACAGACCCAAGUCUGAUUCCUGAACAGGCCACUCAGGCAGUCACUCAGAGACACCUGUCCCAUAACUACAACCAAUAACAGUGUUCUCUCUCUCUCUCUCUCUCUCCCCCUCCCUCCCUCUCUCUCUCUCCCCUUCCCUCCCUCUCUCUCGCUCUCAAGGCUGUAGCUAAUCAUUUCCCUGACAAAGGUACAACUAAUGAUAGAACUAAUAACAUCAACCUAUGUCUACACAAUGUAGCCAAUAACAAUGGUUAUUAAAAGUCCAUAUUAGAGAAAUACGCAAAACAUGUAUAAUGCCUCUAGCAUACAUAUACAGCCUUCAUAUACAUAUACACUCACUUGGCACUUUAUUAGGAACACUUGUACACCUGCGCAUUCAUCUGAGUAUCCAAUCAGCCAAUCUUCUGGCAAUGGUGCAAUGCAUAAAAUGAUCAAUUACAGGUCAAGAGCUUCAGUUACUGAUCACAUCAAACAUCAGAUUGGGGGAAAAAUGUGAUCUCAGUGACUGUGGCAUGGUUGCUGAAGCCAAACAGGCUUGACUGAGUAGUAUAAACUGCUGAUCUUUUGGGAUUUUUUUUCUUUAGUGUUUACACAUAAUGGUGUGAAAACAAAAAACCUCCAGCGAGUGGCAGUUCUGCAGACACAAACACUAUGUUGAUGAGAGAGGUCCGAGGACAAUGACCAGACUGGUUCAAACUGACACGAAGGCUACAAUAACUUAAAUAAUCACUCUUUACAACUGUAUUGAGCAGAAAAGCAUCAAAGCCAUGAUGCCUUUCUAAUAUUUUUUUCUAAUACUACUUUCUAAUAUUUUUGUUACUUGAGUUCAUUAAUUAAUACAUCAUUCAGUACAAUUCAGAUAAAAUUCAAAACUGCAUUAACAUACUACUCGUAAUUUUCAGGGUUUAUAAUCUACAGUUGGGCUUUUUUUUUGUUAGUAGUCAGCAUAGAACAUAUAACAUGAUUUUUAAACUCACCAACAGGUUAAUUUGAUCAUGGCGGUUUCCCCAAAUCAUAUUCGUGUUCCUUUGGAGAAAAAUUGAAUAUGCGCAAUUUUUUUUUUUUUUUUACUACAAAAAUGUAGUCUCUCAGUCAAGACUGAGUUUUGCUUCUAUAGGCUAAUUUUGCUAAGAAGUUGUGAAUGCUUAUGUCUACCAAUUAGCAUCAUUUAAGCUGCAUGUUGAAAUAAUCAAAACAUCUUAAAUCUGUGAUUCCUAUUACUUACCAUUAUCUUAAUAAAUAAAAAUACAUAAUUUUCCUGAAAAUAGUGGUCACUAUUAUGAACCCAGAAGCAUGGAAUUUUAAAUACACAAUUCUUUUUGUUAAAUUGUUGGUGUACAAAUUGUAAGGCAAUGUUAGCCGCAAGCAUUUGUGCACUAAAUGUGCAUUGACUGAUGUCUUGAUUGAUUGGCUACGUUUUGAAUGAAUUUGUGUAAAUUCUGUUUCUUCCUCAACUGUUCUUAUAAGAAAAGACAAAGGUGUACUUACUUUACCACCUUACAGUGACCUCAUAAGGACAAUUUCAGGACACAUGGCCUGAGAAUGUAGCAGCUAAUUUACAGGAAGCUAAGUCUUUAUUUAAAAAAAGCUUUUAACUGGUUAGUGAUUAUUAAAACAGGAACUUUCUAUAGUUUUGACUUUUUCUUCAUUUCACUGCAGUUGAUUAAUCUACCUGUUGGUUUCUGGCUUCAUUUCCUGUUUGUUCUCUGCAGGUUAGCCCAUCGAUCAUUUACGAUGAGAAAGAAUAUUUGUAUUCAUGUUCAGUCUUUUUAGAGGGACUAACUUUUUGUGCCUUUUUAUGAUUGUUACAAUUGUAUUUAACCAAGCUUUUACGGUCUCAGGUUAUUAAUGUGGUGCAAAUGUAUAACAGAAUGUUGCUCUUUUAAAAUAAAGCCCCAUUUGCCUUUG